UAUACUAUUCUUAUUAAAUCAUAUUAAUACUUAUACUAAUUUAAGUCAUCACAUAAUCAGAUUGCGCACUGCGUGUAAUCAGAUUAUCACCUUAAAACGAUUCCGAUGGAUUAUUAAAUCGAGCUUACUAUUCAAAUCAGUGAUUCCUUGUGGUACAAUCAAGCAUGGGAUAAUGGCAGACAUACCCAUGGCACAGUUCAUGAUUUAUUUUAUGUAGCUCACAGCCGAGGAUCGAACCAAUGGUAUCUGAUAUUUUGAAGCGGAUAUGUUGCCACUAGGCUAUACGAGGUUUCAAGAAUGAACAUGGGUCAGUUACUCUAUCGGUAUAGAAUCUGACGGUGUUUACAACAUGAUACAGAAGCAUAAAUAUUACGUAUCUGAACAUCAUUCUUUCAUGUUAGUUUGAAAAAGUAUGUGUAUUUCUAGGUCUUUGAUGUGCUGAUUUAAUUUUAUUUGUUUACCUUACAGACUCUGGAAAAUGGCCCUGAAGCAGAUGAGACGAAUUCCACACCAGAAACUGAGGAAAUGUCAGAUAACCGUUCACCAGACUUGAGUUUCGAGAACGAGGCAGAUGGUUUGUUGGUUGAAAGCAGUGCAUCACUACUAGACGUAUCUCUAAGACUCCAUGACUAUGGAAGGUUUACACCAGUACCCGCCAUAAUCCGUCAUCAGUGUGAACAAGUGCAACCGGAGCUGAUUUCUGUGGUUACUCAAACCGACGAUACGAGAGUUCCCAGAAGUAUAUCAACCCAGACUUCUACUGAAACGUCGACAGUUGGGAUACAAGUGGAUCGGCCUAGCUUCACCUUUGAGGAUAUAAGGGAUGAUGACGAUAAGGUGUUGUUCUACACUGGUAUCCCAACUGCUGGAACUUUUGAGUGUUUAUUUGAUGAGGUCAGUGUUGGAAUGAAAGCAGGGUUAGCACGAAAAACCUGUCCCCGGAAAAUAAAGUGUGUUUAUAAACUGAAAAUAGUCAUGCUAAUAUAAACUGGAAAAGUGGCUCCUUAAAACUAGUACAAAUUAAGUUUGAUAAGAAGCUGAACAAGUGAACUUUGUGAGAAAUUCAGUAUACAAUUUAACUAGAAGUGUUUGACCAUUGCAUGUAUGUAUAAGUAAUAUACUAUGUAAUUAUGUGAAUAAUACUUAAUUUCACAUUUUAC